AUGACAGCACUACUUCCGAAAGAAAUACCUGCUGCAAAGAAUCCAGGUCUCCACCAGACCGAGAAUCAGGAUGAAAAAGCACUGGAUGCUUGCUACUUCACCUGCAAUGCCGCUUUCCUUAAAGCACAAGUGAGCCGCGAGUGGGAAGACUACUGCGAAUCGGGAAGUGCUUUCGAGACAUACAUCAAUAACUGCCUGUGCUGCAUCGGGCCACUUCUGCACCACGGAUAUAAGGCCAUCGACUAUCUCGCCCACGACUUCGGUGGCCAACUGAAGAUCUGCGAUGAUAGGCCUCCCCAAGGUAAGAAGCUGCAAACUAAUCUACCUUGCGGUGUCCUCUCGCGGCCACCUGCAAUACCCAUCACGAUGCCAUAUCCGGCCAAGACGGUUUGGAUUAUCGACGCUCCAGGCGACUCGCUCUCUGUCGGGGUUUCCUACACGUACAAUUUCAAGCAGCUGCGAGAAGGACACAAUGACAGUCCCCCAAGUACUAAGGUUCCUGGCCUUGACAAUAUAUCCACCUUGACUUCCAGCGGCAUCCCCACCGCAGUCAUCACGAUUGUGCCGAUAACGUUCACCGACGCGCUAGCUCAUACCAGCAUCUCGUCACGGAUAACCACAAUCACGCCAACUACCACAACUACAGCGACUAUAGUACCAGUUUCCUCGAACAAAAUUGCCAUUGCCGGCAUCGUGCUUGGUGCCGUUUUCGGUAUUCUUUUGUUUAUUGCGACCCCACUGGCUCUCUUCGGCCACAAGAGCCGCAAGUCCAGGAAGCAGCAGUCGUCGUCCAAGACCCCAAACGACGGAAAUAACUCUGAGAAGAACCCUCCCGCUAAAAUUGAGUUGCCCGCCUACCCAAUCUCGCCACGCGAGCUGGAGGACACGGAGAUUCCAGCGCCUGUGGAGUUGGACGUUUGGCCCAUGGCUGAGCUGCCGGGUGACAACUCAGAGGGAAAGGCCGUUUCCUAUCAUCAGGAGACUGAUAAUUCGGAGGGAAAAGCCGCCCAUAGUCAGGGGGAAGUGAUUAGGAGCUGGGUGCCCAAGGGCAGAGUCGCCGAGCUGAAGAAUCCCAACGCCAGGAGAUUGAGAAGAGUCACCACUAGCUUGAGUGAUGCCAGAAAAUCCGAGGGGACCCUGGAUGAAAGAUACAAGGUUCUUGAGAAGUUAGCGAGGCUUGAGGAACUGAAGCGCCAGCGGGAGAUCAGAUUGGCUAACCGAGGUGUUGUUGAUGUCGACAAUGAGGAUGGACUUAGUGAUACGGAUGCUGCGGAAGGUUCGAAGGGGAAGGGACUUUCUGCACCUUGA